AUGGUAAGCAAAAAUUUGCAAGUUGGAGAUAUGAUUCUUGAUGUUGCUAUUAAAAGUUUAAAAGGGUUGAUUUCAUUUUUUGAAAAAUAUAGAGAAGAUGGAUUUAAUUCUGCUAUAAUUGAUGCUAAAGAAAUUGCAAAUGAAAUGGGAAUUGAGUCUGUAUUUCCUGUGAAGCGUAGGGUUAUAAGAAAGAGACAUUUUGAUGAGAUUCCUGAUACAGAUAGAGAACAACAAUCAGCUCAAGAAGAUUUUAGAACUGAUUACUUUCUUGUCUUAGUUGAUAUGGCUCUUUCUCAAUUGAGGAGUAGAUUUGAACAAAUGGAAAGUUUUGAAUAUGUAUUUGGCUUCUUAUUUGAUGCAUCACGGUUGGUUUCAUUGGAUGAUGAAGAAAUGAAAAAUUGUUGUUUGAAACUUGAACUUGCUUUGAAACAUGGUGAGGUGUCUGAUAUUGAUGCAAAAUAUUUGCUUUCUGAGUUGCAAAUAUUGCAGGAAAUGCUACCAAAUGAAGCAUAUGAAACAGGAAAACCAUGGAAUUCCAUUAAAAUUAUGGAGUUUGCAAAAAAAAUGGAUAUGUUUCCAAAUAUUUUGGUUGCUUAUAGGAUUUUAUUAACUGUACCUGUUACAGUAGCAUCUGCAGAAAGAAGUUUUUCAAAAUUAAAGUUAUUAAAAUCUUAUUUGCAGACAACGAUGACUCAAGAUAGGUUGAAUGGUUUAGCAAUCUUGAGUAUUGAAAAGAAUAUGUUGAAAAAUGUUGAGGUUGAGCACAUAAUUGAUGACUUUGCAUCUAAAAAUGCAAGAAGAAGUCAUUUUAGAUGA